GUUGAACAUCAAGUUUCCCACAGAUUAACUGUGUCCGUGCUAAGAGCUGAAAAAGUAACAAAGGGAACUUUUGGAGAUCUACGAAUCUGUAAUAACCUGUAGCUGAGUUGAUUAUUUCGGACAAUCAUUUCAAAGAAACUGAUUUGAGGGAAAGAAUUUUCAGAUGUCAGUUGACACUCCUGACCCUUAUGUCGAAUUGUUCAUUGCCACGGCGCCAGAGGGCCGCAAACGGACCAAGUACCUAAACAACAUUGUCAACCCAGAAUGGAAUGAGACAUUUGAAUUUCUUCUUGACCCAAAUGAGAAGAAUAUUAUGGAGGUAAAACUUCUCCAUCCAGAUAAUUGGAUUUGGAUGUUCAGUUCCAUUCGUAUAGGCUGUACCACUGACUUCAUACUAAUCAUUUCAUUUCAUCUUUUCCAGGUGACUACCGUUUUUUUGGACAUGUACUUAGAAGUUUGUUCUUCAGCUGAUCUGAGAUUCAGUAUGGCGCUGUGCGAUGAGGAGAAAUCGUUCAGGCAGUCCAGAAGAGAAAAAGCCAUGCAAGGAAUUAAGAAGCUCUUAGGACCAACAAAUUCUAUGAAUGCACCACAAUCAGUACGGGAGGUGCCAACAAUAGCUAUUCUGGGUUCUGGAGGAGGCUUUAGAGCGAUGGUUGGGUUUGCUGGUGUUAUUAAAGCUUUGAUGGAAUCUGGAGUUUUUGAUUGUGCAACCUAUAUUGCAGGACUCUCUGGUUCCACUUGGUACAUGUCAACAUUGUAUUCUCACCCUGACUUCCCAAAAAAAGGACCUGGUGAAAUCAACAAAGAGCUGAUGGAAAGUGUCAGUUAUAGUCCAAUGUAUCUGCUGACCCCUUUGAGGAUCAGACGUUACAUUGAGGCACUGUGGAAGAAGAAGAGGUCAGGGCAACCUGUCACCUUUACUGACGUGUUUGGGAUGCUCAUUGGCGAAACGCUGAUUCAAAAUAGAAUGAACUCUAAAAUGAGUGAGAUGAAGGAUAAAAUAAAUGAUGGUUUUUGUCCCAUGCCCUUGUUCACCUGUCUUCAUGUAAAACCAGACGUGUCUGAACUCAUGUUUGCAGAUUGGGUGGAGUUCAGUCCAUACGAGAUUGGAAUGGCAAAGUAUGGGACGUUCAUGCACCCUGCCAUCUUUGGCAGCAAAUUCUUCAUGGGAACAGUGGUGAAGAAAUAUGAAGAGAAUCCACUUCAUUUCUUAAUGGGUGUUUGGGGUAGUGCUUUUUCGAUAUUAUUCAACCGAGUACUUGGAGUUACCAGUUCCAACAAUCAAAGCUCCACCACAAUGGAAGAAGAGCUUGCACAAAUUCAAGCCAAGCAUUUAAUUGGAAACGACAGCUCCGAUAGCGAUGAUGAAUCCCAACCCAAAGAGGACAGAAUCGGCAGUGAAGCAGCUGAUAUGGAAGAGGAGAUCCAGAGAAAUAACCAGGACAGCUGGGUACAGAGGAUGUUAAAGACUCUGUUCAGUGACACUGCACUCUUCAACACCCGAGAAGGCCGUGCAGGCAAGGUGCAUAAUUUCAUGCUGGGUCUCAACCUGAACACGUCGUACCCACUCUCUCCUCUCUGUGACUUUGUGACACAAGAGGAAGAGGAUGAAGAAGUUGUCACAGACCCAGAUGAAUUUGAAAGGAUUUAUGAACCACUUGAUGUGAAAAGUAAGAAAAUUCAUGUGGUGGACAGUGGACUCACUUUCAACCUCCCCUACCCAUUAAUACUGAGGCCCCAACGUGCAAUUGAUCUCAUCAUCUCCUUCGAUUUUUCUGCCAGGCCAAGUGACUCCAGUCCACCUUUUAAGGAGCUCCUGCUUGCAGAGAAGUGGGCAAGAAUGAACAAGCUGCCAUUUCCUAAGAUUGACACCAAGGUUUUUGACCGAGAAGGAUUAAAAGAGUGUUACAUCUUCAAGCCUAAAAACCCAAUGACAGAGAAAGACUGUCCGACCAUCAUCCACUUUGUACUGGCAAACAUCAAUUUUAGGCAUUAUAAGGCACCAGGUGUUAAACGAGAGAGUGAGAAAGAAAUGGAGAAUGUGGACUUUGACAUCUUUGAUGAUGCUGAUUCCCCAUAUUCUACUUUCAACUUCCAGUAUUCCAAUAAGGCAUUUACACUGCUUCAUGACUUAAUGGAGUUCAACACACUUAAUAAUAUUGAGUUGAUUAAAGAUGCCAUCAUCGAGAGCAUUAAGUACCGACGACAGAACCCAUCCCGCUGCUCUGUAUCCCUCAGUGACGUGGAAUACAGAAGACUUAAAAAGUCACUUAGUUUUGAUGGCCUGCAGUCCAGAAGGAAGCGACAUGCUGCUGAGGAACAACAUAAACCAAUGUAGCAACAACUACCUUCUGCAGCAUAACCACAGGAGGAGAAUGGCAUUUCCAGAUACUGGCAAUCAAAUCUUAUCUACCCAAGCUGACAAUAUUCACUCCUUGGCUUGGACUACACUUUGGAUCUUACGUAAUAUUCUGACUGCAAACAGCAUAUCCAAAUAAUAACAAAACAAAAGAGCAGAAUCCUACUUAAAAACAACAGUGAUGGUAAUAACAUGAUGGACAAGCUGUGAAAGAUAGAGUACACAAACUGAAGAUUCUAUUGUCAUGAUUAAUUCCCACUUCCUUUUCACUUAUUUUUUUCUUUGUUUUCCUAGCUAUCUAUGGAAGGGGUCAUACCUUGGCUCUCAACUAAUGCUGGUCUGAAUUGAUAAAAGUGGACUAAGCAGAACAUGGUGACAAUGAUAUUGCUGGUUCCUUCUCUUCCCAUCCACUUUGUACCUUAAGCUCCAACAAUUACAUGCCUGAGAUCAGGAAGUCAGAAAUAGUUACAAUAGUUACAAAUUAAAUCUUGUCAUAUGCUGCACAUUGCUGAGGGAUUGAAUUUAAUGUUUAACUUUCAAAACAUGUUUCUUUUUGGGAUCUGUAACUCAAAAGUCUGAGUGAUAAUAGUCCUUUUGCAUUCUGAUUUUACUUAAAAACAGUAGUGUCAUCAACAAGUCCUGUACAACCUCAGUUAUCACACCUGAUCUUUUACACCUUAAGGACAGAGUUACUAUUUGCAAACACGAGACUUGCUGGUUAUACACUGAGAAUGUCUCAUUAGCAUUUCUUCAUUCAGAUCUUUCACUAAUAAAUCUGGUUCAUGGAUAAAUGGAUUCUGACAUUACUAAGACAGAUACCCAAACCAGUUUCUGAUCCCUACUAUGUGUUAAAUUGGCUGGCCUCAGGUGGAGUAGUAUUGAAACACUCAAAUUGAAUUCUGUGUUCCCUGACACCAAUUAAAAGAGAUGAUGGUUCCCUAUGUCACAUCUGGACCAGGUUUACUGGAAGUAUCCAGCAUGCUCCAUUUUCACUUCUUUUCCACAAUACCAGUAAAUGUGUUGGUUUGGUUCCAACAUUCCACUUCACAUUGAUUGCAUGAAGUCAGCUGAAUGCUACCCUGCCCCAACAAAGCACCAUAAGUUAGCUUUGCUUUUGUAUUAUAUGUAUCAUUUCUUGAUUACCCAAAGUAAAAUUUGUAACCAAAUUCUUCAGAAAAUUGUAUUUAUGGCUGAGAUUUUGAAAAACGGCCAAACAUACAACAUCCUGAUCAGUUGAAAUUAUCGUCAAUGUGGAUCUCUUUAUUUCUACAAUUUUCCUCUCCUGAGUCUUCUACUAUCAGUCCCUUCAGACUGAGCUGUGCAUUUUUACUUUUUCAGUGCUCAGGAAACAUGGGAAUCGAUGGAAUUUGGGAAGGCAUCAGUGGUUUCCUUCCUGCCACAAUGGGAAACAAUCUGUUUUGGCCAGAUAUUCCACCUAGUGGCACUCAGCAAGAACAAGGGGAAAACUGACUGUAGCCAAGCAAGAGAGAUGUAUUCAUGGGGUUUGAGGUAUAACCACCAGAAUCAUCAUAAUCAUCAGCUUCCUUACCAAAACGUCCUGCUGCAUAAUUUGUUGGUAACCCUUGCAUAAAUGACUCUUAGGGUAAAACUAUAAUCUAUUGUCACAUUUAUUGCUGAAAUUCCAAUAAAACAGGGUUUUGAGAGCCAGUUUCUACUUUAUAGCCAUUGGAGACAACAGCAUUCUCAGUUUAUAAAUCAUUUUAAAUGACGUGACUUUUGUUAAUGUGCAUUCGGAGGAUUAAAGGUCCAAUUGCCUUUCUCUUUCUCAUCUGGUGCACUUGCCCAAAGGCCACAUCGCUGAACUAUUUUCAGGUUUGUGCCACAGUUAAAUUUAUAAGUGGGCUGUGGCUGCCGAAUGGGUAGUCCCUGUAUUUACCAGUUUGGUGUGGCAGGGAAUUAGUUUGCAAUGAUCUGGCCCAUAUGUGAGGUGUGCUUGUAAAGAACUCAGAGCUGGGGAUGGAAACAGUGUCAGAGCUGGUCAGCAACUCUAUCUGAUUCAACAAAAAUCUUUUUAAAGCAAUGACUUAACUUUUCCAAGCAGGCAACCAACACAGAAAUAUUUCAUUUUAUUUCACAUAUUUCUCCAACAAAAUCGUAAUUGAACUCCUCCAACUACCAUAGGGUCUGAUCUGAAUAUUUCAAACAGUUCCUGUUUUGGGUAAGAGUUCCUGCUCCUUUAGAAGUCUGAUUUCUAAAAACGGUCCAAAGUUUUCCUACCCCCAGUAUGAUAUAGGGAGAGACUAGUGAUACAGACAGACAUAUGGCAGGUGAAAUUUAACAAAAGGAAUAUGGACUGAUAUGUUUUAGUAGAACAGGUAAUGAGAGGCACUAUCAAGUAAAUGUGGUGUGAUUCUAAAGGGUUGUGGGAAAAGAGAGACUUUGGGAAUUUUGCAUAAAAAUCUUUGAAGGUAGGAAGACAAAUUCCAAAAUGAUAAAUGGGAUCCUUAGCUUUAUUAAUCAAAAGCAAGGCGAUUACACUUAAACUCUAAAUAACACCGAUUAGACCUUGGCUGGGUGUGCCGUAUUCAACUCUGGGCCUGCAAGAAAGCCCUAAGGAGACUUCUUUCAAUUAUAUGGAGAAACUGGGUUGCCUUCCUUAGAGCAAACAUCAUUAAGAGAAAUUAAAUCAGAGAAAGCUGGAAACACUUAGCAGCUCAGGCAGGAUCUGUGGAGAGAAACAGAGUUAACAUUUCAGGUCAAUUAAUUUUUUAUCAAAACUGGGAUACAGUUCUGAUGAAAAGCCAUGACCUGAAAUGUGUCUCUGCACAAGAGCUGCCUGACUUGCUGUGUGCUUUUGGCAUCCUCAGUUUUUAUUUUAGACUAUCAGAAUCUGCAGUUAUUUUGCUUUCAGAUUAAAAAAAAUUGAUAAAGUUCUUCAAUAUCACGAAGGACCUUAUUAGACAAUUAUUUAUAUUGAGUUUCACUCACUUGUAGCACAAUAAUACUGACAGCCUCUGAAAUGCCAAUGAAGGUUUAUCAACUGCUCCCAGUCCUUUGUCUCUCCUACAUCAGAUGCCUCUGUUGUUGCAAAUGCAGGAAAGGUAUUUCUUUCACUUGCAUUGAUUACAAUAUAUGCUGUCAGUCUCUGAGAGAAUUCAGGCACUUUGUAAUGGGUGAGAGUGCAACACGGUAUAUCUUCACUUGACUUAAUUCCACCAAGAUGUCAGUGUAGGGGAUGGGAAUUGUAGCCACUUCUUAGUUCUUCAAUAGCUGAUUGGUACUCUGCUGGUGGAUUGAAUGUAUGCCCUGCAGAUAUGCUACAUUUCAUCCAAACUACCCAAACCCCUUAACGAUGGCUGCUUACCGGGAAGGAUCAUUGCUCCAUAAACAUGCAUUCUAUUAUUUCCCGGGUUAGCUUAGGAGGUUGAGAAUCUUCCAUAAAGUAAGGUUAUCUUCUAUAGAAUUAAUGUUAAAUGUUAAAACUUUUUUGAGUUUCAAUUAUGGAACAGUUGCAGAGACUAGAUGAUAUGCUACUUUGAAGAGGUGAUUGCAGAAGUUUAAAUACAUUUAAUUUCCACUAUAUUCUUCAGUGUUGAUUGCGUAUGGCACAUUAUGAUUGGAGCACGCAAGACCAGAACACACUCACUCUAACACAGACCUUUUGAAAGGAUGAUAAAUAAAUCAUCCUGUAUUUAUAUAACAGUUAUGAUUUUUAUGUUUUAUUUCUUAAUUGAAUGUUGAUUCUGUUUUGAUUAAUAAUAAAACUGAAAUGAUCAGAUCCAAUGUGAUAAAUAAUCAGGGCAAAAUUGUACCUAAAGAUCAAUACUCUUCUAACUAGCUGAAAACUCUAACUCAUGGGUAAAAACAUAUUUGAAGACCAAUGCCCAGUAUUCUGUACAAUAAAACGAUGCUUUGAGUGUUACAUGUGAAAGGUAAAGGCAAUACCUAACCACUGCUGAGUUUGAUCUACAAACCAGAACAACCCAAUAUAUAAUCCCCAAUCUGUGCUGAUUUGAUUAAGUUUGACUAUUGCAGUGGUAGGCUGGGCAGCCUCAAGUGAUCUUCAUUUCCCUUGGUUGGGAAAGGGAGUUUUGUUUCGUGUUCCUGAGUGUAUCCAGCAAAUCCUGCUGGAAAAUGCAUGCAAAUGUGAAUGUUAGUUCUAAUACUUUCUGCAGUUUGAUAGUUUGCCACCUUUCACUACCAAGGCUGAUGAUGAAAAACUGGAUGAGAUGCCAUGAGGGCAGCAAACAACCAUCAAUUCAUCCAGCAUCAAUCAACACCUUUAAAAGAAGUGGACCUUUUAAAGAAGUGGGGAGAGGGAAAAACAGAAAAAGAAUCGUAUAAAUGUUUAUGGUAUAUAUUUCUAAACCUAUUUAAUUUAAUCUCAUAAAUAGAUUCUAAAAAUAUUUGAGAAUUCCAAACAUAUUGAUAAACAUAGCUGGAAUAUUAUUUUAGUCAUAUGGUAUGUUAGGUUUUAACAAGUUAGGUGAAUAAAUAUGUGUCAUAUUGUAAUUGCUAUGUACGUAAAGAAUAAAUGGUGUUGCUAUGGGAAAUUCUUUAUAUUUAACAAUUUUUAAAAACAUUCCUAUGUGGUUAUUUAAAUAAAUGAUUAAAUAAAUGCAUGUGCUUGCUUUGAUUUAUA